GUGUGAACGGCGACAGGGCGCUGAGUAAAGAUGAUCGAGCUCCUCCGCGCCGUGUAACAGGCUGCUGCUGCUUCGUAACACAAGGAGUGAACUUUGGAUGGUACACGCCCAAGAAAAAAAGAGAGACAGGAACACAAACUUCCUCAGGGGAGCGGAGCAGACGUGCGUCCUCGAUGCUUUCGCUUGGGAGAGAAGCGCCGAGAUGCAGUGCAUAAGAAAGCAAACAAGCAGGAGCAAGUCGGAGGAAUUACUGCAUCAAGCCCAGAGCCAGAGAGUGGCAAGUCUGAACUCGAAGCUGCUGGGCAUGGAGGAUGAUCCGGAUCUGCAGUUUCUGCUGAGCGGCGCGGGGCUUGUGAAAGUUCGUUCCAGCUCGUGGAAGAAGACGCGCUUCUACAAGCUGCAGGAGGACUGCAAGACUAUGUGGCACGAGUCCAAAAAGACCCUGCGCUCCAAGCAAACAUUUUCCGUUGAAGAUAUUGACUCGGUGCGGUCCGGCCGUCAGACCGAGGGUCUCAAGAAGUACACAGAAGAGGCACUGGAGCCGCAGGUCUUCUCCAUCCUGUUCAAAGGCCGCCGCAAAAACCUGGACCUGAUUGCCAGUUCGGAGGAGGAGGCCAAGCACUGGGUCUCUGGCCUGGAGAAAAUCAUCUCCAAUAUGAGUAACCUCAGUCAGCGGAGUAAAACCGAACACUGGAUAUUGAACUGCUUGCGGAAAGCUGAUAUAAACUGUGACAACAAGAUGAGUCCACAAGAACUGAAGAACUUCCUGCAUGACAUCAAUAUAGAGGUGGACGACGAAUAUGUCAAGAUGCUGAUUGAGAAAUGUGACCAGUCCAAAUGUGGCUCUCUGGAGGGAGAGGAAAUUAAGCAUUUCUAUGAGAUCCUGACCCAGAGGGAAGAGAUUGAUGUGGUUUAUGGAGAGUACGCGAAGACAGAGGGACUGAUGAGUGCUGCCAACCUGCUGGACUUCCUGCAGAAGGAGCAGAGAGAGCAGGUGGAUCUGUCUUAUGCCGCUCAGCUGAUCGAGAAAUACGAAGUGGAUGAAACAGCCAAAGCAAAGCAACAGAUGACGAAGGAUGGCUUUCUGAUGUACCUGCACCAGCCUGAGGGUCUGAUCAUGAACCCAGCCCAUAAACGUGUGUACCAGGAUAUGAAACAGCCGUUAAACCAGUACUUUAUCUCUUCCUCUCAUAACACCUACCUGCUGGAGGACCAGCUCAAAGGCCCCAGUAGCACUGAAGCCUAUAUACGAGCCCUGAUGAAGAGCUGCCGCUGUGUGGAGUUGGACAUCUGGGACGGUUCUGACGGAGAGCCAGUUAUAUACCACGGCUACACGCUCACCUCCAAGAUCCUCUUCAAAGAUGCCAUCAAAGCCAUCAAGGAGUAUGCCUUUAAGACGUCAGAGUAUCCAGUGAUCCUGUCCUUGGAGAACCACUGCAGUGUGGAGCAGCAGAAGCUGAUGGCCCACCACAUGACCUCCAUUCUGGGCAGUGCUCUAGUAACCAAACCCCUAGGAGAGCACAUGCCUACGGAGCUCCCCUCUCCAGAGGAGCUGAAGGGCCGGUUUCUGAUCAAAGGGAAGCGGCUGAACAAGCUGGAGGCCUCGUUCUCAGACCAGGCCGCUGCCGAGGAGGAAGAGACUGUGACGGAGGAAGAGGACUGUCGUGAUGAUGAAGAGGAGAGUGAAAGGAACUCGUCUAAGAAAUCAAAGACGCUGAAGCUAGCCAAAGAGCUCUCGGACAUCAUCAUCUACUGCAAAAGCGUCAAGUUCCAAGGAUUCGAACACUCACGGACCCACCAGGCCUUUUAUGAGAUGUGCUCUUUUAAAGAGGGGGACGCGUUGAAGUUUGCAGAGAAGUCUGCAAAUGAGUACAUUCACCAUAAUCUGGACAAGCUGAGCAGAAUUUACCCGUCGGCAUACAGAACCGAUUCCUCCAACUAUGACCCGGUGCCUCUGUGGAACGCAGGCUGCCAGAUAGUGGCCCUCAACUUUCAGACGCCAGGCCCAGAGAUGGAUCUGAACCAAGGCCUGUUUGGCCGGAACGGGCUGUGUGGCUACAUCCUGAAGCCAUCGUACCUCAGAGAUAAGGCAUCAGAGUUCGACCCCAUCACUCUGACCAGAGGACCAUGGCUCAAACAUAAGGAGCUUCAUGUGAUGGUGAUCUCAGCGCAGCAGUUACCCAAGGUGAGCCAGAAAACGGCCUCUAUAGUGGACCCUCUGGUGCGAGUGGAGAUCCACGGAGUGCCAGCAGAUGAAGCUGAGAAAGAAACGCGACACAUUCAGAACAAUGGCUUCAACCCCAUGUGGAACGAGAAUUUCCAGUUCGACUUGUAUGUGCCUGAACUUGCGCUGGUGCGCUUUGUUGUGGAAGACUAUGACGCUGUAUCCAACAACGAUUUCAUCGGCCAGUGCACGGUCCCAUUCACCAGCCUACAGAGCGGAUAUCGUCAUGUGCCUCUGUUCAACAAGAAUGGGGACCUCCUUUCCUCAGCUGGACUUUUUGUUCAUACAGUGGCUGUAGAUGCCGAAUAAUCAAGCCAUUUGCCCACUUCUGGUUCCCAAUCCAGUUCACAUUUUUGUUCCGUAAAGACUUGAGCCGGGUGAUCAAAGGCGCUAAAAAUACUGAUCACAGGCCCAGGCGUGUAAGAGCUGGAACAGAACAAAAACAUGAACCUUCAAGGACUGGACUGGAGACAUCAGUCUUAUGCCAUGCACCACUGUAGACAUCAGAGACAUUCUAUGGCUUUACCCCCUUUCAGCACAUCAGCCAUUGAUCAAGCGGCUGUCAACUGUUAAGUGUUAAUAAUACACUUUGUGUUAGUAAUGUUAGUAAUACACUGAAAGGACAGGAUAAGCUAGUACACUGGUUUAAGAGUCUGCAAUAUAUGAUAAAGUACCGUUUAAUAAUUUAAACUUUCAAAACAAACUACAAAGCUUAAUUCCAAAAAAGUUGGAAUAGUAUGUGAAACGCUAAUGCAAAAACACAAUAUUUUAUGCUUUACCUGUUGAACUUGCCUGUAACAAGUACAGACAGGCCAGUCUAUUUUCUUCUUUGGUCCAGAGAACAUGACGUCCAUUAUUUCCAUAAACAAUUUCAAAGGUGGACUCAUCAAACCACAACAGACUUUUCCACUGUGUAUUAGUCUAUUUCAGAUGAGCCCAGAGAAGUUGGCGGUGUUUCUGGACACUGCUGACACGUGGCUUCUGCUGUGAAUAGUACAGUCUUAACUUACAGCAAAGAAGGGUGUUUAAUGACAGUAGUUUAUCAAAAGCUAUGUUAAGACUGCUACCCCAAAUCUGAUUUUUGGCAUAUCCAGGUGGUAUCCAGAUUGAUUUUUGAUAGUCUGGACAGCUGAAAACCACAUGAAAUCUGAUUUUUGCAAAUCAGCUCCAAACCACAUGUGGAUGUGGUUUGAAAUGCGAUUCCAAUCAGAUUUUUACAGAUGCGUCUCAGUCUGGACCCUCUGGCCGCUCAAAUCAGAAUUCAAAGUGUCUUGUGUGUCACUCGCAAUGCGACAAACGACGACGUCAAAGCGAGAGUGUUUUUAACGCAGUGCCGUUCGAGGCUCAGUCGCUCGUUAAGAAAUGUUGUUCUUAAAUUGUUGGCU